AUGAUUCAUAGUCUAUUUAUUAUUAACGGAUCAGGAGAUGUUUUUAUGGAAAAACAUUGGAAAACAGUAGUAGGAAAAUCAAUAUGCGAUUAUUUUUUUGAAGCUCAAUCUAAGUGUGCCAAUUCAGAAGAUGUUCCACCUGUUAUUGCCACACCUCAUCAUUAUUUAAUAAAUAUAUUUCGCAAUAGUCUCUAUUUUGUUGCUGUACUCACCAACGAAAUUGCACCACUUUUUGUCAUUGAAUUUCUUCAUCGUAUAAUGGAUGUAUUUGAAGAUUAUUUUGGUGAAUGUACAGAAACAUCACUCAAAGAUAACUAUGUUAUUGUUUAUGAACUCUUGGAUGAAAUGCUUGAUUCUGGUUUACCAUUAGCAACAGAAACAAAUAUAUUAAAAGAACUUAUUAAACCACCAAAUAUAUUUCGUAAAGUUGCAAAUCUUGUUACCGGCGAUAAUACAAACAUUAGUAAUACACUUCCAUCUAGUCAAUUAUCAAAUAUUCCAUGGCGUCGUAUGGGUGUUAAAUAUACAAAUAACGAAGCUUAUUUUGAUUUAAUUGAAGAAAUUGAUGCUAUUAUUGAUCGUAAUGGAACUACAAUUAUGUGUGAAAUUCAAGGAUAUAUUGAUUGUUGUGUUAAAUUAAGUGGUAUGCCUGAUUUAACAUUAUCAUUUGUUAAUCCACGAUUAUUGGAUGAUGUUAGUUUUCAUCCAUGUGUAAGAUUAAAAAAAUGGGAGAGUGAACGUGUUCUUUCAUUUAUUCCACCUGAUGGAAAUUUUCGUUUAAUUUCAUAUCAUAUUGGUUCACAAAAUACAAUAUCCAUUCCAAUUUAUGUUAAACACAAUAUUCAAUUUCGUGAAGGUAGUAAUGGUCGAUUUGAAUUAACUGUUGGACCAAAACAAACAAUGGGCAAAACUCUUGAAUCUGUUGUUAUUGAAUGUGCAAUGCCAAAAAGUGUACUUAAUUGUACUUUAACUCCUACACAAGGCAAAUCUACAUUUGAUCCUGUAAAGAAAAAUCUUGUUUGGGAUAUAGGUAAAAUUGAAAGUAAUACUCAAAAUACUACACGUUUACCAUCAUUACGUGGAAAUAUUGUUUUAUCAACUGGUCAACCAAUACCUGAAUCUAAUCCAAUAUUAAAUGUACGUUUUACAUUAAAUCAAAUAGCUAUAUCAGGUAUACGUGUACAACGUGUUGAUAUGCAUGGAGAAAAAUAUAAACCAUUUAAAGGUGUUAAAUAUAUAACAACAGUUAAAAAAGGUCGAUUUCAAAUUCGAACAUAA